AUGACCAAGUGGGACGACCUGCUGGUUAAUAAUGGAGCACGAAUUCACCAAGGUCAUGGACGCAGACUAGCUUCCGUGCCUACCGGUGAUCGCGAGAUUGACAAGGAAGGAGGUGUCCGUACAAGACCCAUGAAAGUCAUUCUUGCCAGCAUGUCAAGAACUGGCACUGUUUACUUCAAAAAUAUCGUGGAUAUAACUCAGGAUGUGCGAAUUACAAACUGCUACUUUGAGAGGGAGAUAAUCGAAAACAUAUCGCUAACGAGACAAGCCAUGUACACCGCAUUCCAGAAACUGGAUCUUCAUCCAUACCAUAUGGUCGAGGCCAUAAAAAUGCCGGCUAGAGAUCUCGCCAUAGCAGUCGAAGCUAUAGACGCUCGUAACACUGAGAGGGCUUAUGGCAUAGCUGAAUUCGACAAAUGGAUAGGAGAUUACGAUUCUGUCUGCGAUACUCCCAUGAACUUGCUGGUCAAAGAGCUUAUCGAAGCGUACCCAGAAGCCAAAGUCAUACUCACGACUCGCGAUCCUGCUAAAUGGCGCAAGUCAAUUGAGAACUCCAUCCUCAUCAUCGACAAAUGGAGAGUCUGGGGAUAUCUGCCGCUCAUCAGUCCCGAUUGUGCGGCUUUCAUCAAGAUGAUGCACAAGAUGGACGAAGUCAUGGAUGGCUACAGUAUCGCUGCUCUCAAACGUCAUAAUGCCGGCAUUCGAGAAGUUGUGCCCAAGGAAAAAUUGCUUGAGUUUACGUUGGGUGAGGAUGGAUGGAAGGAGCUCUGCGAAUUCAUCGAGCUACCGCAGCCGGAAGGCGAGUUUCCGAAUGUGAACGAUGGGAAGCUGUUUGCGACGAUGCAUGUUGUGCUGAUCAACAUCUGGGUUAUGAAGGCACUGAAGGAUGCAGCAGUCCGCGUAGCUCCUUGGGCAAUACUGCUUGGGUCGAUGUGGUUUGUCAAGAGGCUUGGUUACUUCUAG